AUACACUGUCUUGCUAGACACACCCGAAAAACAAAGGGAAAAAAUAGUAAAGAAACGGAGCGAGGCUCCUCCUCGUUUCCUAUCUAUCCUGAUCCAAAUCCGCCCUACUCGCUUCAUAUAUCCUCCUGCGAGGAAAACAAUUCAUUCCGCGCCGCAUCUGGGAAGGUCUCGUCUUGCUCGCCUCCGUCCGUCGCCGCACCCUGCGUCGUCGCCAUGGCCACCGACGAAGCCACCAAGCCGUCCCCGAUCCCACCCUAUCCCGAGAUGAUCCUGGCGGCGAUCGAGGGUCUAGACGACAAGAGCGGGUCGAACAAGUCCGCCAUCUCCAAGUACAUCGAGGGCAAGUACGGCUCGCUGCCCCCCGCGCACGCGUCGCUGCUGACCGCGCACCUGGCGCGCAUGAAGGAGUCCGGAGAGCUCGUCUUCCUCAAGAACAACUACUUCCGCGCGGGCGCCCCCGACGCGCCGCCGAAGCGCGGGCGCGGGCGCCCUCCCAAGGCGCGGGACCCGAACGCGCCGGCGCCGGCGCCCAAGUCGCCGUCGUCCACGGGGCGCGGCCGCGGGCGCCCGCCCAAGGCCAAGAGCCCGCUGGAAGCCGCCGUGAAGCAGGCCACCGCGGGGAUGCCCAAGCCCCGCGGCCGCCCGCCCAAGAAGGCCAAGACCGACGGCGCCGCGUCCCCGUCCCCGUCCCCUGCCCCUGCCCCUGCUGGCGACGGGUCCACCCCCGGCAAGCGCGGCCGCGGCAGGCCCCCCAAGGUACGCCCCGCCGUGCCCAGCGAGACGGCCGCGGCUUGACCCCGCUUCUUGGGGAUAAUAGUUCGUCCCGCCGCGAGAUGGGAUGGUUAGGGCGUAGCAAUUCGUCCCGCUGCAGCUGCGGCUGCAGCUGCCGUGUUAAUGUUGGUAGGCUUGGUCUCCAUGCUUCAUCUAAUUGUUGUCGUCGUCGGCGUCGUCGUUGCUCAAUUAAUUAAUGGAGUAAUUAGGAGGAUUCGAUGUGCUGUCUUCUGUGCUGUGUUGUGUUCAGUUCAGUUUCACCGUGUGUCUCUGGUGUUAUGUGCUGGAUCUGUUGUAAGCUAAGCUAGGGAGCUUGAGUGCUGUGUUGGUCGAUUAAUUAUUAUAAGCUGCUAAUGUGGAUGUGUACAAUUAAUUAGAGGAUGGUGAUGAUGUUCGUAAAAUGUUGAUUUGAGGGUUUUGCACUCGGCUCUACUAUUUAUA